AUGCCUUCGGCCGUCCAGCUUCUCUCGUUGAGAAUCCUACCACCCUCUGCCCACCAUAUGAUGUUCCCUUCUGCUAUUCUGCUAAACCUUUCGAUCCCCCAAACGGCAUCGCCUCGGGAUCAAACCCCGUCAUCUAAAUUCUCUAAUUCGGAACACCACCCCCAUAAGCAUGCGCGUCCCGCCAGCCAGGCUCCAGGGUCUUCCAUGAUCAGUCUGUGGGCGGAUGCUCCCAUGGGUCCUGGAGAUCACGACAAGUCCAACUCCAAACUCCGCGAAAGUGGGCUCGGUGGCAGUGAUGGUGGGCCAAGAACUGGAGUAGCGCUUAGCUCCGACAGUGGGUGGGGAAAUGGGGAAAUAGCGCAUUCCGUGGGCUCGUGGGUUUUGUGGACCAGACCAGGGGGCAUGACGGAAAGAGGAAAUCCCGACUCGACAGCCCGGCUGUAG